UGUUGUCGAGCUGUUGUACGUGUCUCUCUGUCUCAGAGUACAUGCAGUAAAAUGGCAGAAGCCAGUAUUUCAGUGGCUCAUGAGCAGUUCUGCUGCUCUAUCUGUCUGGAUCUCCUGAAGGAUCCAGUGACCAUUCCCUGUGGACACAGUUACUGUAUGAACUGUAUUACAGACUGCUGGAAUCAGGAUGAUCUGAAGGGAGUCUACAGCUGCCCUUGGUGCAGACAAACCUUCACCACAAGACCUGUGUUAUUUAAAAGUACUAUUGUGGCUGAAAUGGUGGAGAAACUGAAGAAGACGAAACUCCAAACUGCUGUUUCUGCUCACUGUUACGCUGGAGCUGGAGAUGUGGAGUGUGACGUCUGUUCUGGAAGAAAACACAAAGCUGUCAAGUCCUGUCUGGAGUGUCUGAACUCUUACUGUCAAGAUCAUCUUGAACAACAUGAGAAUCUCUUUCGAAAUAAGAGACACAGUCUGAUGGAUGCUACCGGACGACUCCAGGAGAUGAUCUGCGGUCAACACAAUAAGCUUCUGGAGGUGUUUUGUCGCACUGAUCAGAAGUGUAUCUGCAUGUUGUGCACCAUUGAUGACCACAAAAACCACAACACUGUAUCAGCUGCUGCCGAGAGGACUAAGAAACAGAGUCACUUGGAGGAGACACAGAAGAAAUCCCAACAGAGAAUCCAGGAGAGCGAGAAAAAGAUGGAGGAGUUGAGAAGAGCUGUGGAGUCUCACAAGCGCUCUGCACAGACAGCAGUGGAGGACAGUGAGAGGAUCUUUACUGAACUCAUGCGCUCCAUUGAGAGAAGACGCUCUGAGGUGACACAGCUGAUCAGAGAUCAGGAAAAGGCUGCAGUGAGUCGAGCUGAAGGACUCUUGGAGCGACUGGAGCAGGAGAUUGCUGAUCUGAGGAGGAGAGACACUGAGCUGGAGCAGCUUUCACACACACAUGAUCACAUCCAGUUCUUGCAGAGUUUUCAGUCUUUCUCUGCAGGAUCUCCAGUCUUACCCAACAUCACUGUCAGUUCUCUUCUGACUUUUGAUGAGGUGAUCAAAUCUGUCUCUCAACUCAAACAACAACUGGAGGAUUUCUGUGGAGAACACAUGGAAAAGAUAUCUGAGAGAGUAACAUACACUGAAAUGAUCACUGAUGAACCCAAGACCAGGAACGAACUCCUACAAUACUGCUGGAAUAAGGAUGAUCUGAAGGGAGUCUACAGCUGCCCUUGGUGCAGACAAACCUUCACCACAAGACCUGCUUUAGGGAAGAAUGUGGUGUUUGCUGAAAUGGUGGAGAAACUGAAGAAGACGAAACUCCAAACUGCUGUUUCUGCUCACUGUUAUGCUGGAGCUGGAGAUGUGGAGUGUGACGUCUGUACUGGAAGAAAACACAAAGCUGUCAAGUCCUGUCUGGAGUGUCUGAACUCUUACUGUCAAGAUCAUCUUGAACAACAUGAGAAUUUCUUUCGAAAUAAGAGACACAGUCUGAUGGAUGCUACCGGACGACUCCAGGAGAUGAUCUGUGGUCAACACAAUAAGCUUCUGGAGGUGUUUUGUCGCACUGAUCAGAAGUGUAUCUGCAUGUUGUGCACCAUUGAUGACCACAAAAACCACGACACUGUAUCAGCUUCUGUCGAGAGGACUAAAAAACAGAGUCACUUGGAGGAGACACAGAAGAAAUCCCAACAGAGAAUCCAGGAGAGCGAGAAAAAGAUGGAGGAGUUGAGAAGAGCUGUGGAGUCUCACAAGCGCUCUGCACAGACAGCAGUGGAGGACAGUGAGAGGAUCUUUACUGAACUGAUGCGCUCCAUUGAGAGAAGACGCUCUGAGGUGACACAGCUGAUCAGAGAUCAGGAAAAGGCUGCAGUGAGUCGAGCUGAAGGACUCUUGGAGCGACUGGAGCAGGAGAUUGCUAAUCUGAGGAGGAGAGACACUGAGCUGGAGCUGCUUUCACACACACAUGAUCACAUCCAGUUCUUGCAGAGUUUUCAGUCUUUCUCUGCAGGAUCUCCAGUCUUACCCAACAUCACUGUCAGUUCUCUUCUGACUUUUGAUGAGGUGAUCAAAUCUGUCUCUCAACUCAAACAACAACUGGAGGAUUUCUGUGGAGAACACAUGGAAAAGAUAUCUGAGAGAGUUACAGACAUUGAAAUUGCCACUGAUGAACCCAAGACCAGGAAUGAAUUCCUACAAUAUUCCUGUCAGCUCACAGUGGAUCUAAACGCAGUGAAUAAACAUCUCCGUCUGUCUGAAGAGAACAGAGUGAUUACUUACACUGACACACUCCAGCAGUAUCCUGAUCAUCCAGAUAGAUUUGAUUUUUAUCCUCAGGUGUUGUGUAGAGAGAGUGUGUGUGGACGCUGUUACUGGGAGAUCGAGUGGAGUGGGAGUUUUGGUGUGUUUAUUUCAGUGUCAUUUAAGAGCAUCAGCAGGAAGGGAUAUAGUGGUAAGUGUGGAUUUGGACGAAAUGAACAGUCCUGGAGUUUGUUCUGCAAUAACUCCAGUUACUCAUUGAGGCACAAUAACAUAAAGACUGAUCUCUCUGUCCCCUCCAGCUGUUGUAGAAUAGGAGUGUAUGUGGAUCACAGUGCAGGAACUCUGUCCUUCUACAGCGUCUCUGACACACUGACCCUCAUCCACAGACUCCACACCACAUUCACUCAACCUCUAUAUCCUGGGUUUUUAGUUAAUCAGGGAUCAACAGUAAAACUGAGUAAAGUAACAUAAUAGAUAAUACAGAGAUUCUACAAAUAAUGCUGUCAUAUCACAGGUGUGAGCAGAAUUAUAAAUCACUAUAAUGGCAAUGAGUGAGUCUCUUUCACUCAUUGAUUCAUUUUGUAUAGUUAAUGGCAUCUAGUCAAGACCACACAAAAUUUGCUCCCACAGAUUUCUGCAAAGUUUUAACACCUGUCAUUAAAUUCUUACCACUCCAAAUCCCCUGGCUCUUUAGUGUGUAUUUUUAACAACUAUUUUGGCUAAUUUGUCAGUGCUUUCAGCAACCAAUAAGAGUGUA